UGCCACGUGCGGGAUGACCCAACUGGACGCGUCGACGGCCGUCGUGCUCGACGCUGCGGCGCCGGCGCCUGCCGACGGGCGCGUCGUAUACAUCGACUGCAGCCAGAACGACGGCAGCCAAGAAGACGACGCCCAGCGCCAAGACGGCCAUGCUCACGACGGCGAGGCUGACGAUCCCGAGAUGGCGGCCAACGUUCCCGCGACGGAAGAGGUCGACGACGAUCAACGACAGGCACAGGAGGCUCCUGUCGACAGCUCUUUUCAAGGGGACGUCCGUGACAGCUUCGCUCGCGAUGACGAAGAAGAGGCUGCCUCGAGAUCGCGCAACCAGGACGUUGCAGCCGGCGCGCCAGCCCGAGAUGAUGGCACGGUGGACGAGCCCGAGGUGACAGAGCCCAGCGAUGUCGCCCAAGACGUGGUCGAGAUCGACCAGCGGCAGGCGCCCGACGCUUCUAUCGACCGUUCUCCCCACGACAGCGUUGAAGACGACCUCGCCCACGAAGAAGGGGCUGCGACGGCAACGUGCAGCCAAGACAUUGCAGUCGGCGUGGCAGCCCAAGGCAACAUCACAGUUCAAGAGCCAGUGGUCAAGCGCGGGCGUGGACGUCCAAGAAAAGUCAUUCCCGAAGCUUCCGCGAUGGUCGCCGAAGAGCCGACACUGAAGCGCGGGCGGGGUCGUCCGAGAAAAGCCGUUACCGAAGCUCCCGAGACGGACGAAGAGCCAGCGCCAAAGCGCGGACCGGGUCGACCAAGAAAGGACGCCACGCAGCCGCCCGCGACGGUCGCUACAUACGAAGACCACCGGCGCAGCGAGCGCAUGAUCCAAUUCGUCGACCACAACAGAGCCGAAGCCCAAGAAGCUACACCCACCGUCCGUCGGAAGGUCGGGCGCCCGCACAAGAACGCAAGUGCAACUACUGCCACCACAACCCAGCUGCUCGAACGCAAGAGUCGCUCCAAGAAGGCUGUGCAGCGCUAUGAACACGACGAUACGCACGACAACGAGUUGCCUUGCGAGAUGAGCAACGUCGACGGACACGAGUCGAACCGUUCUGGAAGCGAGUACGAAGCGUCCGACGACGACGCGUCGGAUGGCGAGGAUGCUGCGCCAAGCAGCGUGUUGCCAUCCCACGGCAAGCGCCCCCGCGGUCGCCCUCGCAAGUACCCCAAGAAGCCCGAGAACAUACCUAAAAAUCCGCGUGGUCGUCCUCGCAAGCAUCCCCAGACGCAGCCAAGCCAGGCGCCCGCCAAGCGUGGCCGCCCGUUUAAGAUAGCACGCGUCAACCCAACGCUCGAGUCGCUGGCGCCGGGCGACGGCAGCCUCCAGACAGGCGCUGAGCCAAACGAUGCGUCGCCAAUGGCGGCGACUCCCGGUAUGACCUCCGAGGACUACGUCGCUGGAUACCAGCUUGAGAUUUAAUCGUUUAGUCGUUUUUGUAUUUCCUUUCCGAUAAUUUGAGUCGUUGUUAG